AUGUCAGAUUCAAUUGAUCGUGUCUUUGUUAAGGCAAUUACUACCAUUAGAGCAUUGUCUUCUAGGUCUAAUUAUGGGACAUUACCUCGUCCUCCGGCAGAGAACAGAAUAAAGCUAUAUGGGUUGUACAAGCAAGCUACGGAAGGUAAUGUAGAGGGGGUGAUGCCACGGCCUGUGGGAUUCAGUUUGGAAGACGAGGGAGCUAAGAAAAAAUGGGAUGCUUGGAAACGGGAAGAAGGAUUGUCCAAGACUGAGGCUAAGAGACGGUAUAUAUCUUACCUUAUUGACACCAUGAAGGUGUAUGCCAGUGGUACUUUGGAAGCAAGGGAGUUGUUGAGUGAAUUGGAGUAUUUAUGGGACCAGAUUAAGGAUUUACAGUACACACCAGAAGAAGAAUAUGAUCACCCUCAAAUACCCUUGCCGUCCCACUCACCGCUGUUUUCGCAGGCUCAAUCCGAUAGAUAUUCAACAACAACCCCAUUACCGUUGCCAAGUAACUAUUCUGCGUCAGUUUCCAAUCUACAAUAUAGGAAUAACCUACAGAAAAUAUAUUCCCACUCGAGGAAAAAUACCAUGCUCUCGAUCAAUGACUACGUGCUGCAACAGAGACAACAGCAACAGACACAGCAACAGACUGGUGGAAACCCGCAUAAUAUUGCUGCCUCUGUGUAUUCGCUUCCUGCGACUGAAAAUCAGAAAAUUGAUCCAAAACCUAUACAUUCCUUACCUGCAAACAGCCAGUCUGUAAGCUUGGAAGAUUUUAAAACGUGGCAAGGAGAGAUCAAUUUGAUCAUCAAUAAGCUUUCGAGAGAACAGUUUCACAAAAAACCAAUAGCGUCUCAUAGGGGAUUGGCUAGGUACCAGGAUCAUAGCGAAUCCGAAAGCGACUUGAGCACUGAUGCAAAGACAAGGUUGAAACGCCGGAUCGUUCAAAUAUUGAAGCUUGUAUCUGCAAAUGCUUUGAAGUUUGCAAAAAAUUUCUCCAUUAGCUUAUUAGCUUUGAUGGUAAUUGUGUGGUGCAUUAAGAAGAAUGUUAUAGUCAAGCAGACAAUCGUCAAACAACCCAUAAAUAAUCUGAAACAUCCGAAGAAAGAGUUGGUUAUAAAUAUGAUAUUAAAUACGGAUGAGAAUAAAUGGUUUAUCCGUUUAUUGAACAUUAUAAAUAGCUUCGUCGGGUUUGUUUAA